AUGCCUUCCUCAUCUAGCAUCCUCGCCCUGGCCACCGCUGUAACAGGCGCCACCGCCGCCUUCCAGGGCUUCAACUACGAGAGCAAGGGCAGGGACCAGGCGGGCUUCGAGGCCGAGUUCAAGAACGCCCAAGGCCUCGAGGGCACCAACGGUGGCUUCACCUCUGCCCGUCUCUAUACCAUGAUCCAGGACGGCACCGUCAGCGACCCCAUCUCGGCCAUUCCCGCCGCCAUCAGCACCAAGACGAGCCUGCUCUUCGGUCUCUGGGCCUCGGCCGGCCAGACCCAGUUCGACAACGAGAUCUCGGCCCUCAAGAAGACCGCCCAGCAGUACUGCGGCCAGUCCCUCGGCAACCUCGUCGCCGGCAUCUCAGUCGGCUCCGAGGAUCUCUACCGUGACUCGGCCCUCGGCCAGGCCGCCGGCGAGAACCCCGGCGUCGGCCCCUCCGUCCUCGCCGACUACGUCCAGCAGACCCGCGACGCCGUCAAGGGCACCUGCCUGGAGAAGGCACCCAUCGGCCACGUCGACACCUGGACGGCCUACGCCAACUCGACCAACCGCGCUCUCAGCGACAAGCUCGACUGGGUCGGCAUGGACGCCUACCCCUACUACGAGAACCAGAAGGACAACGGCAUCGAAAACGCCAAGUCGCUCUUCCAGUCCGCCAUCGACAACACCAACACCGGCACCGGCGGCAAGCCUCUCUGGAUCACCGAGACCGGCUGGCCCGUGAGCGGCAAGGCCGAGAACAAGGCCCAGGCGAGCAUCGAGAACGCCCAGACCUUCUGGCGUGAGGUCGGCUGCCCGCGCUUCGGCAAGGUCAACGUCUUCUGGUUCAUCAUGCAGGACGGCGGCCCCAGCCAGGCCUCCGCGCCCAGCUUCGGCAUCGUCGGCGGCAACACGCUGAGCACCAAGCCUCUCUUUGACCUGUCCUGCGACGGCUACACCGACGGCGGCUCCGGCUCCAGCAGCUCCUCCAGCUCUGCCUCUGCCUCUGCCUCUGCCUCUACCUCUGCCUCCAGCACCAGCCCGCAGUCUGGUGCCUCCUCUACGGCCACCGGUGGCAGCCAGAGCCAGACCUCGGCCACGGCCACCUCUGCGCAGUCUUCCGGUGCCGCCUCCUCCUCCGCCGCCGCGCCCUCCGGUAGCAGCUCCUCCUCUGCCGGCGCUUCCAACCCUGGCGGCUCCGUCCCCGUCGGUACCGGCUCCCAGCCUUCCCAGAGCCAGCCCGCCGGCACCGGUGUCGUUCCCUCCCGCACUCCCACGUCGCCCGCUGGCUCCAGCACCCCCACGCCCAUUGCUAGCGCCGCCGCCGCCGGUCUCAGCUCUGUUGCCGCCGCUGUCGCUGCCAUCUUCGUGGCUGUUGCUGCCUUGUAA